UGCUGCUGUUUCCCCAUCUCCUUGCACAGUUGUGGGUGUACAACGAUACCCACGAAGUGUUGUGAAAAGGUGGGUCUUCAGCAGGGGUAGGAAUAAGGUAGCCUAAUUACAAAGUGACCUGCAUGUUGGGGAUGGCACAUGAAGAGGCAGGGCUAUCCAUUAGCAGAAAACGGACUAGAAAGGACUGCCCUGCUGAGUGAAGUGAUGGUUGCUGUGAGCAGGGCUGAUGGGAAUGGGAGAGGCUGGGCUGGCAGGGGUGAGGAGCCUGACCUAUUGUGGUGAAAAGUGCUGAAGAUACACUGAUGGAGCUGAUCCAUUGGGUAAGGAGCUCCUCGAGUGAUUGAGGCGGAGAUGUGUGGGUGUUGGGACCAAAGUCGACAAAGGGGGGAUGUAGGCUUGGCCCUUCAGGUUGUCUAAGUGGGACUUGGCCUGCAGGAGGAGGAGGGAGGACAGUGUUGGGAUGGGGAAGGAAAGGAGCUCCAUGCAGCUUCUGAACUACCCACCCAGUGCACACACAUGUGCUCCCUCUGCACUGAUGGGUUGUCUGGGAGUGAGUUUCAGUUGGGGCCUGUCAAGGCUUCUUUGCCUCUGCCACUGACAGUGCUUUUGGGGGCAGCCUCCUCUUGCCCCUUCUCCCUGGCUGGUGGUUGUCUCUGCUGAGCAGCAAGUGACACCUAGUGUCAGUUCAGGUAACAGUAACACUUGGGUUGGUUUGGGCUGUUCAUCCCAUCUCUGAUUUUCUGUAACAGUUGUCGUAGAUGCACACAGUGGUUGUAGCUGCAAAAAUGCCUCUGUGCCCUGCUUUGAAGAAGGGAGAAAGCUCCUUGCUCCUUUUUCUAUUGGACUUUCCGCCUUGAAGUCAGCUUCCUCCAUGCCCUGAGCAGUCCUGCAUGGUGUUGCUGUCACAGAUGGCUUACUACAGAAGUGACAAACGCUUCCUUUCCAGGCCCUGUUCUCUGCUGGCUCUGGGUGCUGGCAGAGAGGUGGUAAAAAUGUAAGGGACAGAGCCCCUACUUGUGGGAGAGCCAAGUGCAGGGGUGAGGCUGAGCACAAAGCCAGGUGUGCAGGAGGUAGAGGGUGGGCUUGCUUGCUCCUUCAUUCCAGACAAGUGUCUCUGGAGGCUGUGUGCUGUGCAUUCUGCCCACAGGAGGUCACUGGAGAGCAGGUCGAGCUGGUGUCCCUGUGCCAGAUCUGCCUGCAGGGACUUGGGCUUCUCCCUGUAUCCUGGGAAUGAGGGAGAGUGGAGGCCCUUUUCCCCCCUCCUGCCUCACCCAGCCUUCCUGGCCCUUCAGAAGGAGCUGGACCUGGAGGCCUGGCCUCUGGUAGUCUGGAGCGUGCACUGUCUUGGCCUCCGAUGACUCUUCUUUUUGCCUUUCCUCAGGAUGAUCCAGCGGCACCAGCUGGUGCAGUCUGUGCUGCAGGAGCUUCAGGAAGCCACUGAAUGCUUUGGUCUGGAGGGCCUCACCAGUGCUGUGUUGGAGGCUGAGAGGACCCUGUCAUCUUUCUCCCUGCCUGGCUAUUGCGGGAGACAGUUCCAAGAGGAGCUGGAAGUUGACCGUGUAGCUAGGAGCCUCUAUCCUGAGGAUGCCCCAAGCAACAUGCUGCCUCUGGUUUGCAAAGGAGAGGGGAACCGCCUCUUUGAGGCAGCCAGUGUGCUGCUCUGGGGCAAUACCAGCCUGAGCCUGGAGCUGCAGGUGCGUACAGUUGUGGAGAUGCUGCUACACAAGCAGUAUUACUUGAAUGGCAUGAUUGACUCCAAAGUGAUGCUGCAGGCUGCCCGCUACUCCCUCUGCACUGAGGAAUCUCCAGAGAUGACUAGCCUCCCCAUGGCUAUCCUGGAGGCUAUCUUCGAUGCCGACAUCAAGGCUACUUGUUUUCCUGGCACCUUUGCCAACAUGUGGCACGUCUAUGCUCUUGCCUCGGUACUGCAGUGUAACAUCUACUCCAUCUACCCCAUGAGCAACUUGAAGAUACGGCCAUACUUCAACCGGCUCAUCCGGCCCAGGAAGUGUGGCCCACGAACCUCCACGCUCCACAUCAUGUGGUCAGGGCAGCAGCUCUCCAGGCAGGUCUUCAAAGCACAGUACUUUGUGGCUGUGGUUGGCCUGGAGGAGCUAGAACCCACUACACCUUUGCCAGAGCCUCCUGUCCAGCCCAUGAAGACCCUGGAGCUGCUGAACAGUGACCCCCAACUGACCUACUCCAACCUGCGUGACAGGUACAGCAUUACCAAGAGCACCUUCUACCGCUGGAAGCGCCAGUCUCGUGAACACCGCCAAAAAGCUGCUGCCAGAUUUGCAGCCAAACACUUCCUUCAGUCUUGCUUUCAAGAGGGCAAUAUAAUCCCCCUCCAGCACUUUCGACAAAUGUUUCCAGAAAUCUCCCGAUCCACCUACUAUGCCUGGAAGCAUGAGAUGCAGAGCAUGGUCAAUGGUGAUGCCUCUGCCCUGGCUGAGGCCCAGGGGUUGCAGGAGCUUCACAGGGAUGGCCCAAAAAAGGCUGAUGUGGAUGAGCCAGCAAAUUCAGGCAGAAGCUUAAGAUCUCAGAGUCCUUCUCUAGACCCCAUUCAAGCAGGGAUCUUCAUGCAAGGAGCUAAAUCCUACCUGGAGAAAUGUAUUUCCAUGAACACUCUGGUGCCUUACAGGUGCUUCAAGCGCAGCUUCCCUGGCAUCUCCAGGUCCACUUACUACAACUGGAGAAGAAAAGCAAUCAAGGAGAACCCCAACUUCAAACCCCCCCAGUCUCCCUUGGAUAACCAGAAACCUCUAGUGAUAGGAAAGCCAUUCCUGCAAAUGAAGCCAAGAGGCUUACCUGUUAGGAAGAGGCUGAAUGGACACCGGCCAGCGCCCAGGAGUCUCCUGCAGCUCAAACCCUCCCUGUGCUGGAGAAAGCAGCUGCGAGAUAGGGCCAAGAGGCAAGCCCAGCACUGGCUGCUGCCAUUCUGCAAGUUCCGCCUGCGCUACCCAGCUCUCUCCUCCACAGCCUACUGGUUUUGGAAGGGCAGCAGCCGGGCCCUCAACCAGCAUCGCUUGCCCUGGACCAGUUCCUGCCAGCCGUUGAACCAGGUUACUUCCCUGGCACCUCAGAGAGCUGAGGCAAGCCUCAAGCCCCAAUUCCCAAUGGAGAUGGCUACCAAGCGUCUGCACAAGCUAGCACCAGCCACUCCAUACAAUGCCACUGUUUCAGGCUAUGCCAUGUCAGAGAGAGCCAACAGUCGGAUGUUUGUGAUGGAUGUGAUUGCCACUGCCCAGUUCAAGGCACAAGCCAAGCUGUUCCUGCAGCAGCGCUUUGAAUCGAAGACCUUCCCCACCUACAAAGAAUUCAGUGCCCGCUUCCCCCUCACAGCCCGCUCCACCUACUACAUGUGGAAGCGUGCCCUGCACGAUGGGCUGACUCUCGUGGAUGCGUGAGCACUGCUUGCCAGCUGGCUCAGCCACAGCUUCUCUGCUGACGUGUCCUUUGGCUCUCUGGUGGGGUGUCUGGGUCAUAGCCCAGUUCUAGCUUUUGUUCCUGUUUGGUUUGGUUUUUUUUGUUCCUAGUCUCUGGUUUUCUUUUCUGUGUGGCUCGAUCAGGUAUGGGAGCAUCUGCACAGUGCCCAUUCCCAGAGAUGGGAGGAGUGGAAGGAAGGCACUGGUCUGUCUGAGCUGCCCCAAAGGAGAGGGGCAGAGUGGUCUUGUCCUCUCCUGGUGCUCAGAGGGUGAGCAGGAGAGACAGUCCUGCGUAAGUGUCACAGGAUGCUGUCAGGCUCUAGUCUGUAGUUGAGGCAGAGGACUUGAAGGCCUCUCUGCCUUGGGGGUGUGCUUGAGUGAGUAAUAUGGAUAUGCAGAACCAAGCAUGGAG